UGAAAGGUUCAGCUUCAAUGCCACGGCCGCCCAGCCUCAGUACUUCAAGUACGAGUUCCCCGAGGAAGUGGACUCAGUGAUUGUGAAGGUGACCUCAGCCAUGGCCUUCCCCUGCUCCGUCAUCUCCAUCCAGGACAUCCUGUGCCCCGUCUACGACCUGGACAACAACGUGGCCUUCAUCGGGAUGUACCAGACCAUGACGAAGAAAGCGGCUAUCACGGUGCAGAAGAAGGAUUUCCCCAGCCAUAGUUUCUAUGUGGUGGUGGUGGUGAAGACGGAGGAUGAGGCGUGUGGGGGGCCUCUGCCCUACUACCCCCUGUCCAAGGAUGCCUCUCCAGAUGAACCCGUGGAUCAGCACGACCGGCAGAAGACGCUGGAGGUGGUGGUGUCACCCGCCAUAACCUCCGAGGCCUACGUGCGCAGUGUUCUCUUCUGCCUCGGCAUCUUCCUCUCCUUCUACAUCCUGACGCUGCUCAUCGCCUGCUGGGAGAGCUGCCGGCAGCACAAGAGGAAGGGGCUCCUGGCAGCUAUGGAUUCACCCAGCCUGGACACAGCGUCACUCCUGGGUCACUCCCGCAGCAUCCCUGACUCCUUCCUGAACCACGGCCCCUACGACAGCUACGGUUACGGCUCCUUCGGGAACGGCUCCUCCAGCAGCACCGAGGGCAUCACAGACAGCCUGGCCUCAGCAGAAGUCUCCUACAGUUACGUGGGGGAGCGGUCACUGGAGAGCGUGGCCGGCCGGCCGCGCCUGGACUCGCUCAGCUCUGUGGAGGAGGAUGACUACGACACGCUGGCCGACAUCGACUACGACAAGAAUGUCAUCCGCACCAAGCAAUACCUGUGCGUGGCCGACCUGGCGCGCAAGGACAAGCGGGUGCUGCGGAAGAAGUACCAGAUUUAUUUCUGGAACAUUGCCACCAUCGCUGUCUUCUACGCCCUCCCCGUCAUCCAGCUCGUCAUCACCUACCAGACAGUGGUGAAUGUCACUGGCAACCAGGACAUCUGCUACUACAACUUCUUGUGCGCCCACCCUCUGGGGAACCUCAGCGCCUUCAACAACAUCCUCAGCAACCUGGGCUACGUCCUGCUGGGUCUGCUGUUCCUGCUGAUCAUCCUGCAGCGCGAGAUCAACUACAACCGCGCGCUGCUGCGCAACGACACCCACGCCCUGGAGUGUGGCAUCCCCAAGCACUUCGGGCUCUUCUAUGCCAUGGGCACCGCCCUCAUGAUGGAGGGGCUGCUCAGCGCCUGCUACCACGUCUGCCCCAACUACACCAACUUCCAGUUUGACACCUCCUUCAUGUACAUGAUUGCGGGGCUCUGCAUGCUCAAGCUCUACCAGAAGCGUCAUCCCGACAUCAACGCCAGCGCCUACAGCGCCUACGCCUGCCUGGCCCUCGUCAUCUUCUUCUCCGUGGUGGGCGUGGUCUUUGGCAAGGGGAACACGGCCUUCUGGAUCGUCUUCUCCGUCAUCCACAUCGUGGCCACGCUGCUGCUGAGCACCCAGCUGUACUACAUGGGGCGCUGGAAGCUGGACUCGGGCAUCCUGCGCAGGAUCCUGCACGUGCUGUACACGGACUGCGUCCGGCAGUGCAGCGGGCCCAUGUACGUGGACCGAAUGGUGCUCCUGGUCAUGGGGAACAUCAUCAACUGGUCACUCGCUGCCUACGGCCUCAUUGUCCGCCCCAAUGACUUCGCUUCCUACCUGCUGGCCAUCGGCAUCUGCAACCUCCUCCUCUACUUCGCCUUCUACAUUAUCAUGAAGCUCCGCAGUGGCGAGCGCAUCAAGCUCAUCCCCCUGCUCUGCAUCAUCAGCACCUCCGUGGUCUGGGGCUUCGCCCUCUUCUUCUUCUUCCAGGGCCUCAGCACCUGGCAGAAAACGCCAGCCGAGUCCCGGGAGCACAACCGUGACUGCAUCCUGCUCGACUUCUUUGACGACCACGACAUCUGGCAUUUCCUCUCCUCCAUCGCCAUGUUCGGCUCCUUCCUGGUGCUGCUGACGCUGGACGAUGACCUGGACUGUGUCCAGCGGGACAAGAUCUACGUCUUCUAGGAGCCUGCAGCCACCCGCUGCCCUGGGACUGUGCCAAACGCCCGGCUGCAGCCCCGGGAGGGGGCCCCACCCCUGGGGAGGGAUGUCUGUGCUGCAGGUCCUGCCAGCCACUCUGUCCCCCUCCCCACGCAGCCCGGGGGCCCUGGUUUGCCUCCUCCCCGUCAGCCGGGUCCUUCCAGGCACUUUGUGCCCAUCUCUGGGCCUGUCACAGCCAAAAAUGGGGCUGGGGGCCACCGGAGCAUCCGUCCUUGGUGGCAAGUGACACUGGGAAAGGUGCUGCUGCUGCUGCUGCUCCGUGCCCGUGUGCCCGUGGGCACAGGGGGGAUUGGGGCGUGCGCCGUGCCAGAGCCCCGUGGCCCCCCGAGCACGUGGGUGUGGGUCUUUCUUCAGUGCCUGAGUCGAGUGGGUGGGAGUUGGGGGUGCGUGGGGCCAGCACGGUGGUGGCAGUGGCCGGAGAGGCCCCGCUCGUGUCCCCUCCCAGGCGGGGGUGGCCGCAGUGGGCCCCUGGCACCGCUCCCCGUGGAGGUGCCACGCUCCCCGUGCGUGGAUCUGCUGGGAAGGGACUCGCAUUAAAGUGUCUGCACUUUG